AUGUUUGCUGAGGACACUCCCAGAAUCCAAUCAAAGAUGUCCCCCUGUUUUUGGGUGGUAUUGUUAAUGCUCCAGCUUUCCAUAAGUCUUCAGCACACUGCACAACAUGGCACAAAUGUCCUCCUGGAAGAUGAGGGCACAGGAGAGAUGCAGAAGCUGACCUCAUCCAAGCAAAAAGAGAAAAUGUUAGAAAUUGUGGGGAGGAUUGAUAGAGAUGGAGAUAAACUUUUAAAUGCAGAGGAGAUGGCAGUAUGGAUCCAGCGUGUGUAUAGAAAAUAUGCUCUGGAGGAUGCUGCAGAGAGGUUUCCAGACUUUGACCUGGAUCGAGACGGUCUAGUUUCUUGGGAGGAGUACAACAUAGUGACACAUGGGCACCUCAUCCCUUUGGAGCCACUGUCGGAUCCCUUGGAUACCGUGGACGACCCAGAACAGCAAUCUCUCAGAAAUCUCCACCGACGAGAGAAGCAACGAUACGACUUUGCAGACGUUGACAAUAACGAAGGUCUCAAUGUGACGGAGUUUUUGGCCUUCACUCAUCCUUCUGAAGUGGACCGCAUGGCUGACUUUGCCAUUGAAGAUGUGUUGAAUGAAUAUGACAUGGACAAAGACAGCUUCAUAAGUCUGAGAGAGUUUAUUGGAAAUGCCCGUGGGGAUGGUGAGUCCGCUUCACAAUGGGAAAUGGAGGAGACUGUGCGUUUCAGAGACCUGUAUGAUUCAGACAGAGACGGGAAGUUAAACAGGGAAGAACAGCUACGAUGGGUCGCACCAAAUAGCUACGGUUCAGCCCGAGAAGAGGCUCUUCACCUGAUCAAGGAAGUGGACCGCAAUGAGGACGGACUUCUGUCAGUGGCUGAAAUCCUGAGAAACCAGGACACAUUUAUGAACAGUGAAGUUACAGACUACGGCCGUCAGUUACACACAACUCAUGACGAACUUUAA